CGAGAAUUCACUUUUUUGAAAAAAACAAAAAAUCAAAAUUCUAAAUGUUUUGAACAAUUAUAUGUGAAAAAUCGCAUCAUAGUGAAGAAUAAUUGCAAUUAUUUCAAAGGAAGCUUUGUUUCGAUAUCAGACAGGGACUCUUCAGCUUGUAAAUGACAACAAAUUGAUUCAAAUGCAAUAAUAACUGUAAUGAGCUCUCCAGUGCUAGAUGCACACAGAAUUGACAGUUGUUUUUGGACUUAUCUGAGGGAAAGGAUUCUUUGCCCUUAGCACACAUGUAUAGAGUACGCUUAAUAAUGCGAAGUAUGGUACCUACACGGGGAGAACUAGGUAUUUUUGUAUUAUUACUCAUAGGCCUGCUGUUUUUCUGUGAGUUCCUCAUAUACUAUAUCGUGCUUCUACAGUGCACAUGGCCAUUGAUAGAUGGCUCUCAGAAUGGUGUGAUUAAAGCAAUGGUGCUAGCAGACACACAUUUACUAGGAUCAAGGCAGGGACAUUGGUUUGAUAAACUUAGAAGAGAGUGGCAAAUGGAAAGAACAUUCCAGACUUCCAUGUCAAUCCACAAUCCCACUGCGGUCUUCAUUUUAGGUGAUAUCUUAGAUGAAGGAAAGUGGUGUAGUGAUGCAGAAUUCACAGAGCACGUGCAGAGAUUCCAUAAGAUGUUCCGUCAUCCUUCCACCACACAACUCUUUGUUGCUAUAGGCAACCAUGACAUUGGGUUUCAUUUUGCAACCAAUAAGCAUAAAGUGCACAGGUUUACAGAGGGUUUUAACACAUCCUCAGUGGAACAUAUCACUAUAGAUGGCAGUAAUUUUAUACUCGUCAACAGUAUGGCGAUGGAGGGAGAUGGCUGCCAUAUGUGUCUGAAAGCAGAGUCUAAACUGAAAGAAAUCUCAAAGUCUUUGAAGUGUGCACAGGGUAGAAUAUCAACUGAAGAAUGUGAGAAAGAAAAAGCCAUACCAGAUUCCCAAGUCAUCAUUCUACAGCACUUCCCUUUGUAUCGUGACUCUGACCGCAAUUGUAGCGGAGAGGAUGCAGCGGAGGGGGGAGAGCGCUUCCACCACUUUAAACAGCGCUAUGACUGCCUCUCUGCUGAGUCUACCAACCAGCUAUUAGACUGGUUAGAUCCAAGACUUGUGUUGUCAGGCCACACUCAUCAUGGUUGCUAUACACUACAUAGAGACCACAUUCCUGAAUAUACUGUGCCUUCAUUUAGCUGGAGAAACAAGAACAAUCCCAGUUUUAUUUUGUUGACCGUGUCUAGUUCUGCAUUUGCUGUAAACAAGUGCUACAUGCCGAAGGAAAGCACGGUGGUCAACUUUUACAUUGGCGGAGGAACAUUAGCUGUACUUUGGCUCAUAUUCCCAAGACGAUUUACACACAUAUCAUGGGCUAGAAAAACACAUUGAAUAAAUAGUGCAAUAGAGGGUUGUGUAUAUAGGAACUUUUGCUCAAUAAAUUAUCAUUUUUUUAUAGUAAAUUUUCAAUCCUUGCGUGUUCCUUAGUAGAAUACAGAGUGACCUAAAAUAUAGAACUGCCCCAAAUUGUCAUACUUUAGCUCAAAAAGGGUGUGCGGUCACACCUAAUGUAUACCCUGCCUUUGAGAAUGCCCAUGUGUAAUAUAAAUACCCACAAUGACCCAAUUACAAAUAUUUGCUUUAUACCAUCAUGCAGUUUGGCAAGAGAAGUAACUAAAAGUAAAAAUAAAAUACAAACAAUACAACAUAAUUCAAUUCAAUACAAUAUAGUUCAAUACAAUACAUAACAAUAAGUAAAGACAUCCAUUAAUGACCUCCUGAAACAUAUGCCAUAUAGUUGAACUUGAAGCACAAUGAAUUGUCACCAUCAUGAAAAUUGUCAUUUGUAUAUUAUAAAGCAUCAGUCAAAGGUAUUAAAACAUACAUAAAGUAGUAAAGUUAUUUUAUUUCUGCAAGUAGUUAAGUGCAUUCAUUGCACAUAUCAUUAAAUAUAGAAAGUCUCACC